UUUACAAAAGACCAUACUCCUAGCCAUAACUCUUACAAGUUAUUUGAUUUUAGCCAGUGAGAUCACUUUGCAGCCUCCACAAGACACUAAUGAGAACAGUGCAUCCUCUGGAACGAAUAAUUGCAAUUUGAAAAUGACAGAUUAGAAGUUUGGUAAAAUUGAGUUCCGAAACAAUUUAUUGCAACACCAGACAUAUGUUUGGUACACACAUUUUAAAUAUUUUUCAUUGGCUAUGUGAAUGCGUUUUUUUUCGUUAAGUACGAAAUUCAUGUCUGAAAUAUCCGAUUCCAAUUCCGUUGAUAUUCUUUACUACGAUAAACUCACUGUUGACGUUAUUUUGAAAAUGCAAUAUAGGCAUCAUCUAAAUUAUUUUAAAAAUACGUAUUAUUUAAAGGGUAUUGUUUAAAAUUUAAAAGAAACAUCCUUUUACGGAUUUAAUGAGUCAAAUGUAGCAGCCGAACGUAAUACAUUGUAGUAUAUAAAUAUUUUUCAAUAAAGAAAACGAAAAUAAUGAGUUCGCAAGGUAUUAAGUAGACAAAAAGAUUAACCCUGCGGACAAUAACAUUUAAGAAUUAAACAUUAAAUCUUUUCAUAUAAGUUGGCAAAUAAUGUCAGCUAUUUUUAUACGGCAUAAUAACUAUUACAUCUGGAAGAUUAAGUUGAUGUAUUUCGAUCAAUAAUCUAACUUGUACAGAAAUUACCUCCCUUUUAUUUUGACAAGCUUAUUUUAGAAGGAUUAUAAUUAUACUGUGAAAAACUUUUUGUUGUAAAGAAGAACAGUUUGUAAAUAGUGACAUUUAUUGAUAAAUUGGGAACGUUUUAGGAAUACAAAUGACGGCUGAAGAGGAAGGGCGCGCAAAAGCUGUUAAAGCAUAUAAGAUCCUUGCGGGCUUGUUUGGACUGCUUGGAGUAGGUCUUUUAGCAUGUGGUAUAGCAGCAGUGUUGAACCCAGGCUCACAAGACUUUGGACUACCCUAUUUUAUUGGAGGAUUUAUCGUCGGAAUAAUGACACUAAUUGCAGCAGCAAUUUGCACGUACGUAAUCCUGAAGGCACCUGAUGCGGACAAUGAAUUGAAAAAACGGGAGGUAGGAUGCGCGAUUCAAGGACAGUACAUUCUGGCAAUGUUUACGAUCAUGGGCUGUUUUAUUGGUUGUGUAGGCGCCGGAUUAGGAGGCUUAAGUUCGUCUUCAAGUUACUACGACGACGACGAAGAAGAAGACAGUCCGAAGAAAACGCUUGCAAUCAUUAUUCUCGUCGGCUGUAUCGGAGCCAUCUUCUUGACAAUAUUCUCUAUGUGUGUUGUGUGUACAUACAGUUCAUACUUUGGAGUAGUAAUACAACGCGGGCGUCGUGGUCGGAUGGUAUUUAUAAAUACCGGCGGAUCAUCUACAAUGUCAAGUACAGUCCACGCAGCAACAUUGCAGCCGACACCUCACACAAGUAAUCAAGUUGACGAGCUAGAGAAACAAAAUCGUCUGCUACAGCAACAACUUGAUUUACAAAAGCAGAUACAGCAGCAACAGCAGCAGAAUCAAUAUUCAGGUGGUUUCUAUCCCCCUCCACCACCGCCUUCAUACGGAGCUGAUGGGUCAGCACCGGAGUACCCUCCACCUGCCUAUAAUUGAAUUCAAUGAAACGGAAAAAAAACAGUUAAUAGCUGACGAGGAGUUAAGCUUUGUCAGUUCUGUAAACUAUCUGUACAAAUGCUGGCAUUCUAAAUUGAUGCUGAUGAUGAUGGCGAUGAUCUACUGGCUCACAGAGAGGUCAUUGUCAUUGUAGUCUCUUUAAAGGCCUAGAUUUUGGCAGUGGGCCAAGGG